CAUCAGUAAUCAUCCGCUCUCGCGGGCUUUGUUUUGAUAAUGGUGGCAUGGUUCAAAAAUCGUUUUAUUUAUGCCAAUUUUACGGAUGUCAAACUUAUUUUAUGAGCAUAGCAGGUAAAUAAAUGUUGUUUUUGCACGAUUACGGAUUCCUUCAAUCACACCCUCCCUGAAGCGCCUGGGUCAACAUGUCAUCGCCAUCACUUCCGUGCUCCUCUGUGGACUUCCUAACCAAGUGGAUGCCGAGCAGCACCAGAGCCGGAGUGAUCCUCGCUCCAUCCCCGGAUUUAGCAGGGUCCUUGCGGCAUAUGACUGCAGCGGUGUCCGCCCCUCUGCACCCAGACGACUCUUUCUCCUCCGAUUUCGCCCCGCUGCCUGCCUCCACAGAUAGCAGCUUCCUGGAUGCGGAUGGAUGUGUUGGUGGAACCAGACCGGUGAACAAUCAGUAUCCUCCAGCACUGGAUACCUCAGAUGGACAGGUCCAGAAUUUGGAGCAGAUGGCCAGCAAAACCCAGGAUCUACCCCUGAUGAUGAAGCUGGAGGAGUUGAGGAAAUGGCAGCAGCAGAUGCAUGAGCAGCUGAAAGCACAACAGCUGGAGGAGCUGCUGUGUCUGCAGGAGGAGCAGCAGAAGCUACUAGGGAUUGUGAAUGUCUCUCAGAUCUGCACAGAAAGAUCAGGGCUGCCAGGAGCACAAUGGCAAAGAAACGCUGUCCAGCACAGCCCUGAAAGGAGCUGCGUUGAGGUGGAACAUGGACUCUGUGAGCUGCAGCUCACACCAACAAGAAGCCAGGAGCAGCUCUCUGGACGUGAAGAACAUGAGGACGAGGAAAACAACAGUGAGGACUCCUGUGAAGAGAAUCUGAAACAGAACAUGGACCAUGGUAAUAUUUCUGAGCCAUGCGGUGCAACGAUGCAACGUGAAGCCAACACCAGUCUGGACAGGCCGAUAAAACCAGGCAUCGGGGGACAGAAGAAAACCUUUGAGGAGCUUCUGGAAGAGCAACUGAGGCUGGAGGAGCAGAGACUGAAGUCUGCCCGGCAACAAGCUAAUCCAACCAGAGCUGAAGCUUCGGUCUGCACCAAGAGGCCCUUUUUGAAGCGGGGCCAGGGCCUUUCCAGGUUCACCAACAAUUCAAAAAGUUCAUCACAGAAGGAAAAGGACAAAAAGCACCAAAAACCACCAGCUGAAGCCAGAGCAAUCACUCGCAGCCACUCUGCACCUGGCUCCAUCCUGAAAGGCGGCUCAAACGGAGUCCCGCAGCUUCCCGUCCAACGCAAAACCGCCAUACUCAACAAGGAAAACCGACUGAAGGGACGCUGUUCGCCGCCUCAGGAUAUCAGGGCUGAGAAGGCGCCACAGAUAAAGGUUCUGGGGAGUCAUCAGAGACAGAACACAGGACCGGCUACCGUUCAAACUGAGCCAAAAUCCAGACAAAUAAAACACCUGCUGGGACAGGAGAAGGAGCAAAAUGUAGGAAUCCCAGUUCAGGCUGUGAGGAACAGUGGCUGUAAUCUGCAGCCGAAUCCUGUCACCAAACAGGUGGGUCUGAUAGAAGGGCCAGGGAGGCCGGCAAGAGACGAUGGGAAGGAGAAAAGUUCUGGUUCUGGAGUGGAAUCAGCAGAAGUAGAAGCUGGACCUCCACAGGAUUCCUUUGAGCUGUCGUUCCAGGAGAAGCUUCAGGGGUGGGAGUGCAAACGGCAGCUGGAAAGGAUGGAGCUGGGAGAGUUUGAGCUGUUGGAGCAAGCGGCCGAGGAGCUGUCCUUCUCAUCCAACUCCUCCUUUGUCAUGAAGGUGCUCAAUUCAAAACCCCGUUUGGUUCUUCGCAUGGACCAGCAGAAAAGGCAAGCUGCCAUUGGGCGCCACAACAGGCGACUGUCCUCCACCCCCAUUAAAUCCACAUCAGGAAGCCAACCUACGCAGAGCGGAGGUGUUGAGCACACCGAUGAUGUGUCAGAGUGUAACGGUUUCCCUCUGGAGUCAGGAGCGCCUGCUGGGAAUGUAAUAGGUGGUCCGCUUAAGAGCAAAGAGAGUGACGUGAAUGAGGGAGGACAGGAUGACAGCGGCUCCGAGUUUGGAGGCAAAGAAGUGACGAUCGAAGGGACGCUUCGUUUUUUAGCACCUUCUAACCCUACAUAUGACAAGUGGUCUUACCAAGAUGAGGAGAGUCUCAAGGAUUCAGCGUCAGAUAGGGAGGAGGAGAAUGACGGCGACACCAGCGGCGCUGAUGAUUCCACUCUGAUCGAGGACAGAGAGAGCCAGCAGAGGAAGGUCGUAUUUGAUGACGACGACACAUGGGACGACCUGGAGGACACGGCCAUUCGAGAGGAGAGUCCGGUUCAAAACCUGACAGCUAGAGGAGUUUCACCACCACAGAAGACCUUAUUAAGGAAAGUCGCUGUAAGCAGAGGCCUGGAAGCCGAACCUACGCCUGCCUCUCAGCUCAUGACCAGAUUGUUCCCGUCAUUAAAGCCAAAAGCUCAGAACGCAGCUCCGCCUGAUCCUCCCCCUGCCUCUGACAACAAACCACAAGGUGACACAGCCCAGCAGGUUCAGUCCAGACAGCUCAGAGAGAGACUGGCUGAGCUGGAGAUCGAGAUCGAGAGGUUUAAGAAAGAGAACGCCGCACUUAUCAAACUCAGGCAAGAGAACGAGAAAAGACAGGAAGAUCUCAGGAAAGAGCGUCUGGAGUUUGAGCAGACUAAAGCCGAGGAGCUGGCCAAGUUUGAGGAAUACAAGAAGGAGGAAAACAGGAAACUGCAGAAAGAGCGAAAGCUGUUUGAGAAGCAUGCAUCUGCAGCCAGAGCCGUGCCCGACAAAAAGAAACGAGAGGAAAUCCAGUCAUUGAAGCAGCAGCUUAGCUCCCUGCAGGAGGAGCUGAAGAGGAAGGAGAGUCGUUGGGCCUCCACACACAGCCGGCUACGCCAACAGAUCGACUCCCUCCACCAGGAUAACGGCGCUCUGCAGGACGAGAUUCGAACCCUGGAGAAGCUGCGCCUCAGCGGCUGGAAGAAAAGCUCCGCCUCUGCCGAGAAAGGCGUCCAAACAAAAGACGCUCCCUCAGUCUCAGACAGCGGCGUGCCUCCUGUUCCCAAAGGAGUAACAUUUGCUCCUUCAUGUCCCACCCAGAGCCCUCUGGACUCCAGAGAAAGCAGCUGCAGCCCCCCACUGAGCAGCAACUCUGUACGAAGGAACUCCAAGGAAAUCAGCCAAGGAGGUGCAGCAGGGAUGAAGAGCAGCCUGAGGAGGCCGGCUGCUUCAGGAUCUUCAUCUUCCUCCUCUUCAGCAUUUCCUACCAGAAAGGUGGAUGAAAAACUAAGAUCCGGGUAUAAAAACCAAGAAAAACAAUCCGACCAGAGCUGGGAGCCUCUGCAGGACCGCUCUGCAAAAACUGAUCUAGUGCCAAAAAACCAAGAAAGCUUUGAAGCUAAAGAACUAGAUCCACCCCAGGAGGUCAUUACUCACCCUGAUGGGAAGACAGAGAAGGUUCUGCCGAGCGGCGAUCGUCUCAUCGUCUUUCCUAACGGGACCAGGAAAGAAGUUUCAGCCGACGGGCUUUCAGCCAAGGUCACCUUCUUUAACGGAGACACUAAACAAAUCACAGCUGAUCAGAGAGUGAUCUAUUACUAUGCCGAGGCUCAGACCACACACAUCACCUACCCCGAUGGUAUGGAAGUCCUGCACUUUCCCAACAACCAGACAGAAAAACAUUUUCCAGACGGCCGCAAAGAGAUCACCUUCCCAGACCAGACAGUGAAGAAUCUGUUCCCUGACGGGAGGGAGGAGAGCGUGCUGACAGACGGCACCAUCAUACAGGUCAACCCGGACGGCACUAAAGAGAUCCACUUCAACACGGGCCAGAAGGAAAUACACACCGCCGAGUUCAAGAGGAGGGAGUAUCCAGACGGGACGGUGAAGACCGUUUACAGCGAUGGCCGCCAAGAAACCCGCUACCCAACCGGGCGACUAAGGGUGAAGGACAAAGAUGGAAACGUCCUCCUGGACAAGCAGGCAUAAAAGAAAACAUUUAUUUCUGUUCAUUUAUCGUCACAAAUGUCUUUUUUUCAGUUUUUGAAUAAGACUGAGCUCAGCUUGAUGACAUUCGGUGCCUCUGCUUCUUUAAAGCAUUAAAACAAAUUGUCCGAUACAAUUAAGGCUGCAUUAAAGAUUAGUUUUAUUUUUUACUGUGUAAAAUAUAUUAAAUAUUUAUUUUUGGAGGUGAAUGUUUUUUGUUUUCUAAAAUAAAUGUAUUUUAUAUUUAUUGAUUCCUGUGGUCUGAACACUGGUUUUUUUUAAGCAAACACAGCAAACAUCUGAUGGUAUUUGAGAACUUUAAUGUGUAAAAAAACCAAACAGAAAAUUUCACAUAGAAAUCUUUAACUAGAGCCAAACAAAUCAAAUCACUGUUUUCCAACUCUCUUUUUUUAAAGUGAAAACUAAGAGCAGAACUUGAAUCCCAUAAUGAUGGACACCUGGAGAUCAAACGAGAUAAACAGUAAAAAAAAAAAAAUGUAGAAAUAUUCAACUGGUUUCCAAAAGUGGCUCAAACC